CUAAACAAAAAUGUUUGGAAACUAAUCUUAGUGUAGUCAUUUUUGGCAAAUAAUGCCUUCAAUCGUUCGUUUUCCUCCAUAUGUGAUUGUUGUCGCUUUAGGUUUUACGAUAACUUUGUUUCUUGUGUACAAUAGUCGACAAAGAAACGAUUAUCUUGAAAGAAAAGUUGGACUUCUUCAGUUAUCUUUAUCUGAAAGUAAAGAAAAGAACAACGUGAAAGUAAAGGAUGCAAUUGAGAAGAUAAAGAAGAAGGAGUUGGAAAUGAAGAAAUUGCAGCAGGAAAGUGCCAGGAAACUUGGUGAAUUGCGAGCCAAAAUACGUUUACUGUUAAAAGCAAAUGUAAAAGAGAUAAAAAAUCUUCAUGAGUCAAGUGAUAGUAGCAAAGCAGAAAUAUCAAAACUUGCCAUCUUAGUAGAGCAAUCAAGGGGUAGAUUUGGCAAAUUAUCAGAAAAAGCUGAUCGUCUAAUAUUGGAGCAUACAAAACUAAAAAAUGAAAAAACUAAUUUGCAGGAAAUGAUUGAAAAACUGCAAAAUGAAGUGGGGGAAAAGCAGGCUGAAAAAGAAGAAAUCAAUGAGCAACUGGCAAGUGCUAGGAAGGAAAAUAUAAAUCUUUUGAGCAAAGUGAAUGACUUGAAAAAAAAGAAUGAUAUUAUACAACAAGCAAUAAAACAAAAGAUAAAAGAAAGUUAUGAGAAAAACAGGUUGAUGAAGUCAGUACCAAUAAAAGAAAAUCGUAAUAGGACAUUGAUAUUUACAAAUACAUGGCAAGAAUCUACUAAGGGUAUUCAACUGCAUGAUGGGAACACAAUUGAUCGCGUAACCUGAUUUCAAUACAUUGAACAAAAAUAUUUAUUUAAAAUGAAAGUAUUUAUGUUCUUCCUGAUGGUGCACAUAGAAAUCUAUGUGAUAUGGUUGUGAAGGAGUCUCAAAUGUCUGAUGGGUCAAAAAAAAAAUAUUGGGAAUACAUGGAGUACAUUAAAACCUCAAAUCAGGUUUGCCUAUAUUUGGGCAUUGAUAGAGAAGAUUUAUGAUCAAAUAAAAAGUAGGCAGUAGGUAAAGAAAAAGCAUUGGCAUCAAUAUACAACAACAAAAUGUACAAUUUCUAGUCAAAUCAAAUCAGAGAGUAGGGAAAUAAGCAAUUAUUACAAGCUCAACAGAUUUAGAAUACUGAAAACAUGUUGAAGUUUUUUAACUUGAAGCUGUGAAAAUAGUAAAUAAAUUAUAAUUGAAAAUGUUACAGAA